AUGCCUUCAGGUGGAGAAUCGUCAUCCAGUGCUGCUGAGACUAAACCCUCAGAGACCACAGCCACCAGUAACAUUCGUCUCAAGUUUGAUGGACUCCCUAAACUUCAAGGGCAAUCCAACUACCAAACUUGGGCGAGUGCCUGGAGGAUAACGUUCGACGCUGUAGACUGGUGGGAAGCAUUGAGCAUCGAGAACCCUGACGAGAAUGACACCGAACUCAGCAAAACCGAGAUAAAGAAGGCUCGUUGUAACGGGGGUCCUUUCUAA